AUGAAAUUCUUGGAUAGCUUAAAGAAACCAAUCGUUAUAAAAAGAAGAGCGGAUUCAAACCAUCCAUCAUCAAUAAUAACAUCAUCAUCAUCCUCAAUCUUCUCUGAUCAUGCUAUGACCCCUCCUCAGAGAACUCCAGCCAAUAUACUAAAGGAACUACAACCGACCUUAUUGAAAUCAGUAUUACCCAUCUUAGUUCUUUUGAAUGCACAAAGUUCGAAGAAAUAUUUCGAAUGGAACAAUACAUCUGAUACAAAGAUCAAUAGUAAAUGGAAUUUGGUAACGAGUGGGAACACGUCAGAAACGCUACCAUUAGUGACUAUCAUUUUAACCGGUACAAAAUUAAGAAUAAUAACAUCAAGCAGGAAAAGGGAAUUAACAAUUGAUUUAUUAAAGCAAAAUAUCGAAUUAUUUCCAACUUUAUUAGAAUUUAAAAACAACGAUUUUUCAUUAUCUUGCUCAUCUCCCGAUGCUUUAUUGACAUUAUACAGAUUUUGCUUACUGUCCAUUUUUGAACAUUUUUCUAUCUUUAAAUCAUUGACAGGCACUUUGACCUCCGUGUUGGGUCUACGUAUGUUUGAUAUGCAUAUCAUAUUGAAUACUCAAUUUAACUUCAAAGAUUGGUGUGAAAUAUACAUUGAAGGGGAAGGAUGGGUGAAAGCUUGGUGUGUAGUGAAAAAGAAGAAAAACGGUAAUAGUGAAAUCAGGUUUUAUAAAAAUAAUAAUUCAUUAGCAACGAAGAAUUUAAUUUGUUUUAUUUCCCCAGAAAAGGCUUCAAUUCAAGAUAUUAUGUUUUAUAAUGAUAAAAAUACGGAGAUUAUUGGUGACGAUGACGAUGAUGUGUGUGUUGGAAACACUUCGAAGUUUCAAGAUAUACAUUCAUUCUUAAAUCAACUAAGAACUAUUAAAGUCAUUGGUAAUAUUUGCUUUUUGAAUAAUGAUGGUGGUACUUCAAGUAAAAAUUCUUCUAGAUCUUCUUCUAUUUCCAACAUGUCUCAAAUCGAUGGCACUAAUGUUUCCUCACCUCCUAAGAGGAAGAUGUUUUCUCCCUCUAACAAAGGUCAUGCUAGAAGUAGUUCCCAUGUUAGUUCUAUGACUAUGCGUUCUAGUAAAUCUAUAAAGGAUACUGAUUAUACAAUAAACUCUAGUGGGCUAUUGAUCAGACCAACACCACAUAAUGGUGUUUUCCAUUUAGAAGCAUUAAUUCGUGUCAUAAUUCCGAUGAUGGAUGUAAUGAAGUUGUAUGGUCGUCCAAUGAGAUUUAAGAACGCAAGAAAUGAUCCAGACUCGUUAAUGUUCGGUUUACCAAGAUUACCAAAUAUUGAUUACCUAGCUAAGGAAGAAAUUGAUUCAUUUCUAUCAGAAAAAAAUCCAGAGAUAGAUGCAGAUGAAGCUAUUGAAGAUACUAAAACCUCAGCUUUGAAGUUAUUAGGCAAAGUAUUAUUUGAUAACCUGUCGCGCAAUGAAAACAGAGAUACUGAAUUAUUAUUUACCAGGUUAAGUGAUCUGUCAAUUAAUCAACCUAAUGAAGGAUUUAAUGUGGUAUCAGCAGAAAAAAAUGGUUUGUCUAAAGAAAGCGUCUAUACUUUAGCACCUUGCUCGCAGGUCGUCUAG